AUGUUUUCUAAAAAUUUAACAAGCAAAGAUUCAUUCUUGGAGCAAAUGAAAGCGGCGAGAGAAGAGCGUGCUUUAGAAAAAAAGCGAGAACAGUCAGCAACCAAAAUACAAGCAAUUGUUCGAGGCUGGCUUGCCAGACAGCGCUUUAUCAAAUUUAUUUUGGAUGAAUUUGAUCACCUAGUACCAGAACCAAGCCAUGGAUCUCAAGAUGAAGGACAACAGAUAGAUUUUGUACAAGCCUUGGAUGUAUAUAAAGCAACUUGCCGCUUGUUUCUUGUAUUUAAGCCACAAAGGGACAGGAAAAGAUUUGAGAGACUCUGCAAGUAUAUAGUCCAGAGUCUGCAUUCAGAGUCUGUAAAAAUAUCUUAUGUAGGAGUGUUCCUAAAUAAAGAAUACAGCUUAUCCUGGAUAUCACAUAUAAAGGAUCUCCUACAUAAAUGCUGUCAGUAUCUGGAGCAACUAAAACCCGAGUCCCCACUGGAUAUGCAGAGUAUACUCAUACAUUUACACACACUGUUGGCAUUUACAGCUACAAAUACAUGGGCUUUGACUCGCCUUAAAAACUUUGAUAAGUUGAGAGGAGGAAUGACACAGCUCUGUGCUAAUGUAAUGGGCUCAUUGUUUCAUAAGGGAUAUUAUUUGACUUUGAAAUCUCUUCUGCUUCGCGGUUUGUGUCGCGAGAAAGUGAGUCUGAAGAACAUAGCGUUGUCUGCAAUUGUCGCCCUCGCUCUUCGCCCUCUUAUCUCAGCCCAGUUUUCUGAGAAGCUCCUCACUAUGUUCAUAAUACAGAUAUUAUCUGUUCCUACAUUGGUGUUCCACAUGCAGCAAAUAUCGCCUGAGUCAAUAUCGACGUUCCGUACGCACGCACUAUUCGACAAGUCCGUAGAGUUUCUAAGCGCAGAUCAAAAUAUGCGAAUUGUGUUCAAUACAUUGGAAGGCAACUACGCGUUGUGCCUCUUGGGGAAUCUGAUACAAAUGGCUCAUAUUGAACGGGAUCAUGCGCUUAAUGAGACCUUUUAUCCAACCUUUGUGCUUGUUUCGACCCGAUUCCUCGACAGUUGCCAGCAAUAUGUGGUGUGCAAGAAGGGAAAUUUAAGCAACUGGCACCCAGUAUUGGGAUGGUUUUCACAAAGCUUCGACGCCUACUUGCCACCAACUAUGGGGAACUUACGAAUGCAGUUAUCUUUGCUAUGGGGAGCACCGUUAUUGAAGAAAUUAUUAGCGGCUCCCUUGAAGGAGAUGAUUGAUGGCGGUGUGGGUGAAGAAGGGGCGGGACCCUCACAACAAUCGUCGCCGUUGCAGAGUAACCCAGCUGCUUUUAUACGGAGAGCAAUCGAAGCUAGGACUAAUAGGGGCAACUCGAAUAAAAACUACAGGAAACUUGGAUCUCCGGAUUGUACAAAGGUGGCGCUUAUUUGCUCGAUGUACCACACUGCGUUACAGACUAUGACACAGGUCAAACUUGAUAUUUUAACAGGUCUCUGCAAUCAAGACGAAAUCCUAUAUUCGUUAUGGCAAUUCCUGUGCACUUUGGGACCAAGCAGCGGAUUGAAAGCUUUCUUAGACCUUCUGGCUGUCAAUACUAAGUCAUCUGCGCCGGAGUUUCAAAUGCUAAUACUAUUCGCAGAUUGCAUGACACAUUAUGUUACAAUUCUUGACGAUAUGGAAAUGUAUGAAAAGCAAGAACCAUUCAAAUUGCAGGAUUUUGUUAAUAUGUCGUCCUUCUUGAAUAUGUUCAUUUAUAAAUCUAUAAUAGGACAAUUAUUUGAUCUCAAAAGCAUCCAAAGCAAUGACGUGUUCCGUUCAGUGCACACGUUGCUUCUGGUGCUGUAUCGCCGUGACUGUCGGCGUGCGUAUACGCCGCCGUCCCAUUGGCUAGUGCGGGAUAUACGCGACUCGCACUUCAUGGCCGACCUUGAGAAGGGGAAGAAACCUCAACAGGUACUGGUUCAAAAGACGCCGCACAUGAUCGCACACGGUGAACGAGUAAGGUUAUUUAGACGGGCCGUAGCGGAUGAAAAGGUGGUACUAGGUCUAACUGAACGUGCAUGUGGGGGUCGGUCCACAUUAGUGACGGUUCGUCGUAAUAGAUUAGUAGAAGAUGGCUAUAGACAACUUGCGGCGUUGCCAAGUAGAGCCUUACGCGGUGUGGUUAGAGUCCGAUUUAUUAACGAACAGGGCCUGGAUGAGGCUGGGAUUGACCAAGAUGGAGUGUUUAAAGAGUUUCUAGAAGAAACAAUAAAACGAGUGUUCGACCCCUCCCUAAACUUAUUCCGUGUGACGAGUGAGGAACGACUUUAUCCAUCACCGACUUCAUGUCUUCAAGAUAAUCAUUUGCAGUUAUUUGAAUUUAUUGGGCGGAUGUUGGGAAAGGCGGUGUACGAGGGAAUUGUGGUAGACGUGCCAUUUGCAUCGUUCUUCCUGAGCCAAGUGCUGGGGCAAACACAACAGGCGCUGUACAGCUGGAUUGAUGAGUUGCCAUCGCUGGACCGAGAUUUGUAUCGGAGUCUGACUUACAUCAAGCACUUCCAGGGUGAUAUAUCCAGUUUGGAACUGACAUUCUCAGUGGACGAGGAACGUCUGGGCGAAAUUGUGACUCACGAAUUGGUUCCCGGCGGCAAAGCCAUACCAGUCACAAAUGAAAAUAAAAUAAACUACAUUCACCUAAUGGCACAUUUUCGGAUGCACACUCAAAUCAAGGACCAGACCAACGCCUUCAUAAAGGGCUUUAGAGCUAUUAUUAAUCCGGAAUGGUUAUCGUUGUUCUCAACACCAGAGUUACAACGCCUCAUAAGCGGUGACAACGUACCUCUGGACUUGAGAGACCUCCGUCGUCACACGCAAUACUACGGCGGUUUUCAUGACUCACAUCGCGUUGUCUGCUGGCUUUGGGAUGUCCUACAACGGGACUUUAGUGAACAUGAAAGGGCACAGUUUCUUAAGUUUGUCACAUCGUGUUCAAAGCCACCCGUCCUCGGCUUUGCACAUCUUAAACCGCCAUUUUCUAUACGAUGUGUUGAAGUGGGCGACGAUGAAGACACGGGUGAUACUAUAGGAAGUGUAAUAAGAGGCUUUUUUACGAUACGCAAAAAGGAUCCCUUGAAUCGCCUACCGACGUCCUCUACUUGCUUUAAUCUGCUCAAACUACCAAACUACCAAAAACGAAGUACGCUACGAGACAAAUUGCGAUACGCAGUAAAUAGCAACACUGGGUUUGAAUUGUCAUAA